AUGAGCCAGCUGGUCACUCAUCUGGAAAAUGCAGUCUGCUAUUCGCCUACAGAAGACAAAGAAGAAGAAGAAAAGCAUUCUUUUUAUGAAGAACUGCAGAGAGCUGUGGAGGAAACACCAGUUCAUGAUGUAAUCAUACUUGGUGAUCUUGUUGCGAAAGAUGGUACCAACAAUAAAGGAAAAGAAUCCAUAAUGGGAAAAUAUGGCUGUGAUGUUAUUAACAAUAAUGGUAGUAGAAUAGUAGAUUUUUGCCUAGAAAAUACGUUAGUUAUUGGAGGCACCAUCUUCCAGCACAAGAACAUUUAUAAACUUACAUGGACUUCACCAGAUGGUAACACACAGAACCAAAUUGACCAUGAAUUGAUAAAUAAAAGGUGGAGAGGAACAUUGCAGGACGUAAGAGCAUUGAGAGAAGCUGAUGUAGGAAGUGACCACAUAAUUGUCCUAGUAAAGCUGAAAUUGAAAUUGAGAAAGAUAAACGGUCACCCCAAGUGGAUGUGA